CAGUGGAUGUCACUGCCGUGCUGGAGACCGAGUCUGCCAACGGGAAGGACGCCCUGGAAGGUGCUGGGGACAAUUCUGAAGUCUUGGAUGCUCAGGCAGGCUCAGUGGAUGAAGAGAACGGACGACAGCUUGGAGAGAUAGAGCUGCAGUGUGGAAUUUGUACAAAGUGGUUCACGGCAGACACGUUUGGCAUUGACACCACAUCAUGUCUGCCUUUCAUGACCAACUACAGUUUCCAUUGCAAUGUUUGCCAUCACAGUGGGAACACGUAUUUCUUAAGAAAACAAGCAAAUCUCAAGGAAAUGUGCCUUAGUGCUCUGGCCAACUUAACAUGGCAGUCAAGGACACAAGAUGAGCACCCAAAAACUAUGUUCUCAAAAGAUAAGGAUAUUAUCCCAUUCAUUGAUAAAUAUUGGGAAUGUAUGACAACAAGACAGAGACCUGGAAAAAUGACUUGGCCUAAUAAUAUUGUCAAAACUAUGUGUAAAGAGAGAGAUGUAUUCUUGGUGAAGGAACAUCCAGACCCAGGGAGUAAAGAUCCAGAAGAAGAUUACCCAAAGUUUGGACUUCUAGACCAAGAUCUUGCCAAUAUUGGUCCAGCAUAUGAUAACCAGAAACAGAACAACGCUGUAUCCACAAGUGGAAGCUUAAAUGGUGGAGCCUCUUUGGGAGGCGGAAUUGCUGCAGGAGGCAGUGGGAAAGGAAGGGGAGCGAAACGCAAGCAGCAAGAUGGUGGGACCACGGGAACAGCCAAGAAAACAAGAAGUGACCCGUUGUUUUCCGCUCAGCGCUUACCUCCUCAUGGUUAUCCUUUGGAACACCCCUUUAAUAAAGAUGGAUAUCGUUACAUCUUGGCUGAGCCCGACCCCCAUGCACCAGAUCCAGAAAAAUUGGAGCUAGACUGUUGGGCAGGAAAGCCUAUUCCUGGAGACCUCUACAGAGCCUGCCUAUAUGAACGGGUCCUCCUAGCACUGCAUGACCGAGCUCCUCAGUUAAAGAUUUCUGAUGACAGACUGACUGUUAUAGGUGAGAAGGGCUAUUCAAUGGUACGAGCCUCCCAUGGAGUGCGGAAAGGAGCAUGGUACUUUGAAAUAUCCAUGGAUGAGAUGCCUCCAGACACAGCUGCCAGAUUAGGCUGGUCACAGCCACUAGGGAACCUCCAGGCGCCUCUGGGAUAUGACAAGUUCAGUUACUCCUGGCGCAGCAAAAAGGGAACAAAGUUUCAUCAGUCAAUAGGGAAACACUAUUCAGCUGGCUACGGACAGGGUGAUAUACUGGGAUUUUACAUCAGUCUUCCUGAAGACACUGAGACUGCUAAAUCAUUGCCUGAUACUUACAAAGAUAAGGCUUUGAUCAAAUUCAAAAGCUACUUGUACUUUGAGGAAAAAGAUUUUGUGGACAAAGCAGAGAAGAGCCUAAAGCAAGCACCUGGAAGCCAAAUAGUCUUCUUCAAAAAUGGUACCAGUCAAGGUGUUGCCUUUAAAGACAUUUUUGAAGGAGUUUAUUUUCCUGCUAUUUCUUUAUACAAAGGCUGCACGGUUUCUAUAAACUUUGGACCAUAUUUCAAGUAUCCUCCCAGAGACAUCACUUACCGUCCGAUGAGUGACAUGGGAUGGGGUGCUGUUGUAGAACACACACUGGCAGAUGUACUGUAUCACGUAGAGACAGAAGUUGAUGGAAGACGCAGCCCACCCUGGGAGCCUUAAAGAGAAGUAGCAAAAUGACACAGUGGACAUCAAAUCAAGUGGUUUUUAUUUUAGAGGAAUGUGCAUCACUUGGAACAAUCUGUUGAAGAACAACGUGAUGAAGCUAAAGCAGCUCUUCUUGAUAGCAGGUGUUUAGUGCACUCAGAGGUGUUAUGUAUACGUAUUACCUGCUGAAGAUUCAUGCUCUACCACUGUGCUGGAGUCAAGUGAAUGCAGUUCUAGUAUGUAUUGUGCUAUUUGUGGGCAUCUCUUGGAGUCUUCAGCUAGCUGUAACUAAGUUACUGAAGAAGCAACUGUUCGUGUUGAGAUAACUUCUCAUUUGGUGUACCCAGGUUGUGAAAGUCAUUUGUUCAGUGAGAGCAGGCUGCAGCUGGACCCACCUGCUUUAUAGUACACUUGCAGAAGCAACACUGACACUUCUGCUCAACUGUGCUUGGCUAAUUGUAAACAGCUUCCAUCCAGAAGGAUUGUGUUGUAGCAAGACUACUGCAUGUAAGACUGAGGUUUGGGCAGAAGCCUAGAACUGUUUUUGUUUGUUUUUUUUUUAAACACACAAAACUGGAAACCAGUUUUAAAUAAAGCUUUUCUUUAAACCUGAUAC